AGUGCCCACACUAAGCUCUCACUCACACAGGUGAGCUGCUAGACGCUCUCCCCAGUGCUCAACAUUCAUCAAUUCAGGGUCUUGUAAACGCGUAGCGGGAAUAGCCACUGUGCGUUCAAGAGUUGAGUAAAAGUUGCUCAAGAUGUCGAGAAAUUGAAUGUAAAAGUAGGUAGGCUGGCAGAGGAUGUUCACCCUAUGUGUCCGUGGGCCUAUUUCUGCCCAGGGCGUCCGCAAUAAUGAGACUGGAUCACGUGAAAGUGUUUCGGCGACCUUGCUGACUCAUCAAAGCUGCACAUGACCGAGCAAUUUCAGGACCAGGGGAAAU